AUGGCCAAAAUUUCCUUUCUUCUCUGUUCUAUACUUGUUCUUUUGGCCAUUUCUGAGGCAAGAAAUGCCCCUUCAAUUGCCACAAUUAAUGAUUCACCGUCAAAUCUUACCAAAAUUUACACAAAGAUUUGUGAUCCACAAAGGUUUAAUGACCUUGGAUUGGACAUGGAUUAUUUCACCUAUUGUGAUUCAUCGUUGUCGUAUGGUGUUCGGGUUAAGGAUUUGAUUGAUAGAAUGACAUUGAUGGAAAAGGUGCAACAGAUUGGGGAUACAGCUUAUGGAGUUCCCCGGAUUGGACUUGCUAAGUAUGAGUGGUGGUCGGAGGCAUUGCACGGUGUCUCCAAAGUAGGCCAGUUGAAUAGCAAGGCCACGUUUUUUGAUGACGUUGUCCCUGGUGCAACAAGCUUCCCUUGUCCCAUUACAACAACUGCAUCUUUUAAUCAGACAUUGUGGAAAACCAUUGGCCAGGUUGUGUCGACUGAAGCAAGAGCUAUGUAUAAUCUAGGACAUGCUGGACUGACAUUCUGGAGUCCAAACAUUAAUGUGGUACGAGAUCCCCGAUGGGGACGAACAUUAGAGACACCCGGUGAAGAUCCAUUCGUUGUUGGAACAUAUGCAGCAAACUAUGUCAGAGGUUUGCAGGAUAUCGAAGGGCUUGAAAGUACUGAUGACCCUAACUCCAGACCUGUCAAGGUUGCUGCUUGUUGCAAGCAUUAUGCGGCUUAUGAUGUCGAUAGUUGGCUCGGAGUUGAUCGCACCACUUACGAUGCUCUGGUAACUGAACAAGACAUGCUGGAGACUUUCCAAAAACCCUUCGAAAUGUGUGUAAAAGAAGGAGAUGUUAUGAGUGUUAUGUGCUCUUUCAAUCGCAUCAAUGGCAUUCCAGCUUGUGCGGAUCAAAAGCUUCUGAAGGAUACUCUUAGGGGAGAAUGGGACCUUCACGGAUACAUAGUUUCGGAUUGUGAUUCUAUUGAAGUAAUGGUAGACAAUCAAAAAUGGCUCCAUGACGAACCAGAAGACGCUGUUUCACAAGCUAUGAAAGCAGGCUUGGAUUUGGAUUGCGGGAAUUACUACACGAAUUAUGCUGACAAAGCAGUAAUGCAAGGAAAAAUUAGUGAGAAAGACAUAGAUGAGGCCCUCAAAAACCUCUAUAUUGUGCUAAUGAGGCUUGGUUUUUUUGAUGGAAGCUCAAAAUACGAGUCUCUUGGCAAGCAGGAUGUGUGUUCUGAUGAAAACAUUGAACUGGCAACUCAAGCAGCAAGAGAAGGAAUGGUUCUUCUCAAGAACUUAAACGGAACUCUGCCUUUGAACACGGACGAGAUUAAAACAAUAGCAGUUGUUGGGCCACAUGCAAAUGCUACCACUGCCAUGAUUGGGAAUUAUGAAGGUAUCCCGUGUAAAUAUACAUCUCCAAUUGAUGGCUUCUCAAAAUACGCAGAAGUGCAAUAUGCAAUGGGUUGCGGAGAUAUAAUGUGCAAGAAUGCAAGCUUGAUAUUCCCUGCAAUGCAAGCAGCCAAGAAUGCAGAUGCAACUGUUAUUGUUGCAGGGAUUGAUUUAAAUUUUCUAUAUGCGGAAAUUUUUAUGUGUCUAUUGUCUUUGAGAGUCGGGGGUAUAACAAAUUAUGAAUCUUUGAUGAGUAUGAACAUUACACAUAUUUAUAUCUGUAUUGGUGUUUGUGUUGAAUCUGCAAUCUGGGCUGAAGAAGUAGAUAAACAUGUCUUGGGCGUCUCGUUAUUGCGGAAAGUUUGUGUUGAAUCUGCAAUCUGGGCUGAAGAAGUAGAUAAACAUGUCUUGGGCGUCUCGUUAUUGUGGAAAUGCUUGUCACAGGUGUCUUUUCCAGUGGUGAAAUUUCUAUUUACUUCUAUAGUGAUCUACUUAAUUUUGGUUGGAGUAGUGAGAAUGUACAUUGCAGUUACCCAAAGGAAACAUCGUAAAGUAAAGGAAGUUGGAAAAUUUAAGAUGAAUGUUGGAGCUAUUGCUUUCUACCAAUUGAUGCAAGUUCGCCAGGCUGAAUAUUUCCGUCAGUUGCUUAAACCUGUUACGUAG